GGAGGGAGAGAGAGAGAGAGAAAGAGAGAGAAACAGAGAGAGAUAGAGAGAGAAAGAGAGAGGGAGAGAGAGUGGGGCUGACGUAAGCAAGAGUGUGGGAAAUUAUCAUUGCAGGAGAGCAGAAGAGAGUGUUUCUCCUCCAGCACUGACUGUGUCUGUGUACACACACAGUCUGCAGUGGAGACUGCCAUCGAGACUUAAUCUGAUCUCUCUCUCACACACACACACAUACACAUAAUCUCUCUCUUGCUCUCUCUCGCUCUCUCUCUCCCACGCACACACACAAGGUGUCUACGUUUGUGUGCAUGUGUGACAGAGAGAACAUCUGCAAACCGCUGCCGGGAAAACAACCCUACCUUCCUGAAGCUGGUCUUGGUUUAACAGGAGGAGCCUGAUUUGUGGGAUGUGACGGGAAAAGUUUGCCUCGGUCAUGGCGCACCAGGAGAAGUGGGUCACGCUCAGUCCGGCGGAGUUCUCCCAGCUCCAGGAGUAUGCGCAGGACUCAAGCAAGAAGCUGAAAGACGUGCUGCAGGAGUUUCACAGGGAUGGAGUAUUGGCCAAGUAUAACCCAGAAGAGAAGCAGGAAAUACUCAACCAGGAAAUUGAUUUUGAGGGCUUCAAGCUCUUCAUGCAGACAUUUCUGGAGACUGAGCUUAGUGAUGAGUUCUGCCAGCACCUCUUCCUGUCCUUCAGCAGCAAAGGGCCCAGACCCAGCCCCUCUACACUGGACAAGUCUCGAAUAGCUGGUCUGAAGCUGCUCAAAGGCAGCUCCACACCUCUGAGGGCUUCAAACCUUCCCAAACUGGAACCCCUGGAUGUGGUCCAACUGAAGGACAUUGUGUGUUACCUGUCCCUUCUGGAGGGGGGACGUCCUGAAGACAAACUCGAAUUUAUGUUUCGUCUAUAUGAUACUGAUGGGAACGGGUGCCUGGACAGCUCGGAAUUGGAGCAGAUAAUCUCUCAAAUGAUGCAUGUUGCAGAAUACCUUGAAUGGGAUGUUACAGAGCUGAAGCCGAUUCUACAGGAAAUGAUGCAGGAAAUUGAUUAUGAUCGUGAUGGCACGGUGUCACUUGAAGAAUGGAUCCAGGGUGGCAUGACGACCAUUCCGCUUCUAGUGUUGCUGGGAUUAGAGACAAAUGUGAAGGAUGAUGGACAGCAUGUGUGGAGGCUGAAGCACUUCAACAAGCCGGCCUACUGUAAUCUGUGUCUCAACAUGCUGGUUGGACUGGGCAAGCAGGGCCUGUGCUGUUCAUUCUGCAAGUACACAGUCCACGAGCGUUGCGUGGCACGCGCUCCGCCGUCAUGCAUCAAAACAUAUGUCAAGUCAAAGAAAAACACGGAGGUGAUGCAUCAUUUCUGGGUGGAGGGGAACUGUCCGACUAAGUGUGAUAAGUGUCACAAAACCAUCAAGUGCUAUCAGGGCCUGACUGGGCUUCACUGUGUGUGGUGCCAAAUCACUCUUCACAACAAAUGUGCUUCCCAUGUGAAACCAGAGUGUGACUGCGGGCCGCUGAGGGACCACAUACUGCCCCCAACCACAAUCUGCCCUGUUGUGCUGGAAAGGCAGUCCACCAUUAGAAAAGAUUCCAAAGCCAGCCAGUCAGGAGGUAGAGGGAAGAUGCAGAGAGCCAACUCUGUCACAGUGGAUGGACAAGGGCUACAGAUAACAACCAUAGAAGGCACUCACCCGCUGCUGGUAUUUGUAAAUCCAAAAAGUGGUGGAAAACAAGGAGAAAGGAUAUACAGAAAAUUCCAGUAUUUGUUAAACCCCCGCCAGGUGUACAACCUUGCAAAAAGCGGACCCAUGCCAGGGCUGAAUUUCUUUCGAGAUGUCCCAGACUUCAGGGUGCUUACCUGUGGUGGAGAUGGAACUGUUGGCUGGAUCCUUGACUUCAUUGAUAAAGCGAAUCUGGACAGGAACCCCCCUGUUUGUGUACUUCCUCUUGGCACAGGAAAUGACCUGGCUAGGUGUUUGCGGUGGGGUGGAGGUUAUGAGGGGGAGAGCCUGCUGAAGAUCCUGAAGGACAUUGAGAAUAGUACAGAGGUGAUGUUGGACCGCUGGAAGAUUGAAGUGACGCCCAGUGACAAGGAGGAGAAGGGGGACCCAGUACCUUACAGCAUCAUAAACAAUUACUUCUCAAUUGGAGUGGACGCCUCCAUCGCACACAGAUUCCACAUCAUGAGGGAGAAGCACCCAGAGAGGUUCAACAGUAGAACAAAGAAUAAACUCUGGUACUUUGAGUUUGGCACCUCUGAGACCUUCUCUGCAACAUGCAAGAAACUUCAUGAUUUUUUGGAAGUAGAGUGCGAUGGGAUCAACCUGGACUUCAGCAACAUCUCCCUUGAAGGCAUUGCUGUUUUAAACAUACCCAGCAUGCAUGGUGGCUCCAACCUAUGGGGGGAAACCAGGAAGAGGCGGAGCCACUGGCGGGCUGGGAAGAAGACCGCUGAGAAGCGGACGACACUGGUGGACCCAAAAGAGCUUAUGUUUGCUGUUCAAGACCCAUCAGACCAGCUUCUGGAGGUGGUUGGCCUGGAGGGAGCCAUGGAGAUGGGACAGAUCUACACGGGUCUGAAGAGUGCUGGGAGACGGCUGGCACAGUGUUCCUCCGUCAUCAUCAGGACCAGGAAAUCUCUUCCCAUGCAAAUUGAUGGAGAACCAUGGAUGCAGACUCCUUGCACUAUUGAAAUAACACACAAGAAUCAGGCACCAGUGCUGAUGGGUCCACCACAAGCAACCGGGUUGUUUUCCUCCAUCAUUCGUAAAACGAGGACUGAGUCCAGAGAAUAGGACCCCUGUGUCUGCACAUUUGGUUGCGUCUUGCAGUUGUAUUUCCCUAAGCGUAAGGCAAAGAGUAAGGGCGCUGUGUUUCUCAGCACAUUUGAAUUGCUAUUCAAUUUCCCUUGGUGUAAAUCAGGGAAGGGUAGAAGCCCUGUUACCCUCCAACAAGACUGACAGAGGGAUACAGGCUACAUGGAAGCAGCCUUUUUGAGUGUGAUUACAAAGUUUAAACAACACGUGUAUGCAUGUUCAUACACGUAAACACACACACGCACAUGCAUGCACACACACACACACACACACACACACACACACACACACACACAGAUUCAGUGACACAGUCACUGUCUUGUCUUAGCACCAGGAGCCUACUCAUCAGAGCGCACUGCCAACAAAACAGAAAGUCAGCCUGGUGGAAUCAUGUGCAAACAUUUUCAGAUUGUUUAUGUGUUUUUUAGUCAUUCCGUCUGUAUUUGUUUAUGAUGAAAAGUCGAUGUUUGCAUUCUUUUAAGUGUGAAGGACGAACAAGAAGUUCUGUUUAUGGGCUGAAACUUUUCGAAGGAGAGGGAGAGGAGAAGAAACAGGAAUGUUAAGAGUUGCGGGUCAGCAGCCAGCCUGGGUGUUCAGUGAAAAAGAGCCUGCCUUGGUUAAGCCUGUUUCUGUUGCUCUUCUGCGUAUGCUUAGGUUUGGAAUUUAAAUGUCUGCAACCACGGACGUUUCUUUUUUCUGACUGAAUUUCUGGCAGAUUUGAGUCUUACAUUAUCAGAGUAUUCAAAUGUGAUGGCAGGUGCUAUAAAUGCAAGUGUUGGCCUAUGGGAUUUUAUGGUCUUUGGUACAGUAAUUUCUCUUUGUACACAUUGGAUCUCAUAUUGCAUGCUAAAGCAUUAAUUCUUGCUAAUGCAUUAUCUGAUAUCCUUCAACAUUUCUGAGAAUAAACCUUGUUGCCUUUUAGUACAGCUUAUGUCUAAUGAAAUAUUCUAGAGAGUGAAUUUAUAUAGGCUUUUACUGUGGCGUUAUAGCAUGUAAAAAUCAUUACCCAUUUUUCUUUCUGGAAUGUAUACCAACUUGACAUUGGUAUGAAAGUUAUUUGACCAGCAGAAGUCAAAGAUACUGUUUUGUCUGGCAAAACAGAUGCUGCACAUUUGUCUGCCAUCAUUUAACAAAUGAUGUAAUGUUGGGUAACCCUACGGAAUGUAAUGGGUUUUCAAACACUCCAAACAAAUGUUGCAGUACAUAUUUACUCUAGAACCUUUUAUGAAUGAUAAAAUGUGAUCUUGCAGGAAGUAUCUCCCAUAAUAUUAUUAAUGUGGUGGUUUUCUAGUGUCUGGGGAACUGAAGUCAAUUUUUGGAAUUUCUGUUCUGUUUGAGUUUUUAUUGUUUUAUGUAUUUGAGAAUGAAAAAGGAGGAAGAGGUUGUGCUUUCAUAACCUACUAGAAAGAAACCAUUUCCUGACUUGAACAUACAUAUUCAAGCAGUAAGAAAACUAUUACUUUAAACUAGUGUGUUAUGUGAAAAAGUGCCAUAAUUGGCAGAAGACCAACAGCUUCAGGGAUGGCAGUGAUUGACUGAUCUGCAUGCAUUAAAUUAUGCAAUUUGCAUGAUUGCCUACAGCAUAUACAGAACACAGCACAGCCAGCAUAAUGUUUUUUUAACCUUCAAUGGUACAGUGUUUUUCUCACUGCCUUUUCCCAGGUCUUUUUCCAUUUAGUCUAUAGUCACAGUUAACACUGGCCAGAGUGACGACAUAUACUCACAGGCAUCCUUGAACUUUGAGUCUAAAUUACAAUUUGGAGUUCACAUGCUAGGUCUGAUUCAUCGGUUAGGACUCAGUGUCCUGGCUGAGGUUUCCCAGGACUUGGAAGAGACGUUGCUCACUGAACCCCCAACCACCUCCCCCCUUCCCCCCAAAACUCCUCGUCUUGGCUCAGCACUCUCCAUGCAAAUGGUUCCUUCAGAAGCUGUCACAAUCAGACAGCAUAAUUUACCAUUCUUGCUUAAAUCACAAACCUGAUACAUUGAACAAAUAGCAAACAUUAGCAACAAUUACCACAAAACAUGGGGUAACUAAAAUGUUUAGUACUCAUGACAGCUUGAUUACGAGUAUUGUAUGCUAGUCCAUGCAUGUAAGCACAAUGCAGUGUGGUGGAAAAAGAGGGGUGCAUUCAGUCUAACCAUUAUAUCGCUUUGCCCUUUACUUUGAGUAAAUAAUUGGAAGACUGAUUUUGUUCUUAAACAGAAUUUUUUUUCUCUCCACUCAAUGUUAAGGACAAAUCACCUUCAUAGUUAGAGUGAAUGUCCUCUUCAGGGUCAUAUACCAAUUGUGAGGUUUUAGAAUUGAUUAUAUUGUCUAUGUUGCUCAUCGAAUAUGAAUUUGCAUGAACAUCUUGAGAAUGCACCAAUUAUUGUUUAAAAUAAGUGGCAGCUAUUAACAUGGUGGUAUUUCCAAGAUUAAGUUGUGAAAUCAGUUUCAAAUUGGCCCUCACAUAUAGUAUUGUCAGUACCUGUUUUGAUGUUAAAGUUCUUGGCUUAUUGUUGACACAUUUUCUGUAUGCAGGAAUUUAAAAUGUUUUAUUUUUGUUAAAAAUGUAUUAUUUUUCUUUUUCUUUACUGGCUUUAAGUGGCAUGUCUGGUUUUUGUAAAGGCCUCAGAUGAUAUGCAUAAAUGGUUUUGAGUGCAGAAGAAAUAGCAGUAUAUCUCUCCGUAUUAUAUUUCUUAUGAUGGCAGCACUGAGCAUUUUUCCAGUGGAGAUUAAAUGUAUUGUUCAUUACCAGAUAAUACAGGUUUUUUCAUUGUUUUGCCAUGUAUAAACAUUCAAUAAUGUGUCCGAACAUAUUUAGAUUCACCCGAGUCCUCGUUAGAAUCUUGUUUUCAGCAAAGGUUAAACAAAUGAAUGAUCAAAUGAAUGAAUGAAAAUGAAAUUGAUAGAUAAAUAAAUAAAUUUAAAUUGGGAAGCUGUGAAUUUGAGAUAAUGUUUACAGUUAAAAAAUAUAUUUAUUCCCAUCUACUGUGUUUAUUGAAUGCACAAGACCAGUUUGAAACAUAAGCCAGUCUGGUUUCUGAGAAAUAACAUGUUCACCAAAGACAAAAUUAUGAAGAUAUCCUUUGUGAUUAAAUCCAUACAGGAUUUGCAAGUGGAAUAACAUUUGCCACAAUGUGCCAUUUUUGAUACUUUGGUACUUCAAUUUAAAAACACAUUUUGAUGGGUUUUCUGUGACCUGUGUAUUGUUUUACAAUCUGACUGUAUUCAUGCAUGGUGGAACCAUGUCUGUUUUAAGUUUUAAAAAUAAUUUUUAUGCAUAUAAUGAAGAUUCUAAAGUAACUGACUGAUUGCCUUUGUCCUCCCUUCUUCUCAUAAAUCACCCAUUGAUUAACCAUGAAAUGUGUUUUAUAAUUACUGUAAAUGUACAGUGUAUUUGAUUUUUUUCCAAACUGGUUUUUCUGUAUAAUGUAAUGUACUGUUGUGUAUAGUACAUUAUUGUAAUGCAUUGGCUGCUUUGAAGCUUAUCAAUUUUGACUGAAUCAUUUACCUACAGAAGAAAUAAAUGGCUUUAUUUAAUUGA